AUGAACCGUCGCAUUUCUCCUGCAUACUCGUCCCGUCAGGUCGAAGAAUGGAACGCUGCGCAGACCGAUCCGCUGAAGAGGCACUAUGCGGGGGCGAGGUUCCUUGAGACCCUCGCGAGCAUCGGACGCCUCGUUGUUGCACAGGAUCUGGCUAUGAUGUGGGCGUUCUGCCAUCAGCACGGCGUGAGAAACCCGCGGUGCAAUUGCGAGAGGCAUCCAUAUGUGCAGAUGAGCCCCUUGUGCAACCACCCGCUGUUCCAAAAGUGGGCGUACCUGGUCGCUAUCUCUCACUUCCAGGGCGAGAAGCUUCGGGCAACCGGCCAAACCACCGCCAAAGCAGACGCUAUCUUUCGCACGACCGCAGAAGAGAAGAUGCAGAAGAUGCACCUCACCGCCAAUAUGCUCAGGGAGGAGCUUGGGAUUUUGAGAGGACGUGAAAUGCAGUUGGCGAUGGAGAACGCUGAACUGAGGGAGAAACUCGCCGCUGAGCGAGAGGACAAGGCUCGGGUCAUUGCAGAGUUCGAAGCAUACAAGAGGUCUGUUGCGGCCAGGGAUGACGCGGCAAACACCUCUGCAGAGAUCGACGGAUCGUCGAAGAGCGCGGGAACAGGAGCAAACCAGGCAACGGACGCAUCCAAAGCACCAGUUGCCGUGGAAGAAUUCUUCGUCGUGGUCGUUGUGUCUUGGCGCGAAGCCACCACUGUUGCUGCUGCCUGGAAAGUGUGGGUGCAGCCAAGCCUCAUCAUGGGCGGCAGGUCACUGCGCGAAGUCUUUGCAGAGUUCGACCGGUAUAAGAAGAAGAACAAGAAUUCCAGCUUCAUCACCGCAUAUUCCCGGUUCGCUGACAAAGGUACGCCCGGGAUGGCUGUGGGUGCAUGCGAGCGAAAGAUGCGUCGCGUGCAUCGUGUCAUGGUUUCCGUGGAGACGCUAAGAAAAGACAGCUCCGAGGCGGCGACCGCAACGGCCAUUAAGCUGCUGGACGAGGUUUUACUCGUGUGCAACUUCACGGAAUUCACCAACGGCCUGGCGGUGCUGCAUGAGACUCCGCCCAUCAAGAAACAGAAGACCGGUUCGUCGACGGAAAAGAGGACCGUCAACGACUUGGCGCAACGCAGAGUGGGCUGGCUGUUAGUCAAGAAGGGCCUAAGCGACCAGGAGUGGGCAACUUCGCUGUUUGGGGAUGAUGAGUGGGAGGAGAUCCACAAGGAACACAUGGCGCAGGAGAAGGCGGAAGAGGAGAAACAACGAACCGCUGCGGCGAAGAAGGCGGAACGGGAAAAGGCGAAGGGCGAAGCGUCGAAACGCUAG